AUGAGUAAAUUAUUAGAUCAAGUACGACAAGCAAAUAUCUAUUUACAGCCUGUACAAUUUUCUCUUGCUAUCAUUGCAAAUAUAAUUAAUAUACGUGUACUAUGUUCUCGCGUUCUUCGUAAAUCCCCAUGUACACAUUAUUUUCUUGCUUAUGCUGUAUUUAAUACUAUUUACACUUGUUUGAUAUGUCCAACAUUAUUUCUAAAUGGUUUUUAUAUUGAUUGGACAAGUGGAAAAAUUGGCUGUAAAAUACAUGCUUAUAUAUUAAUUUUAAUUCCAUUUCAAGCAAAUUUAAUGCUUAUUUUAGCUUCAUUUGAUCGUUAUUGUUCAAGUUCAAGAUCACGUCGAAUACAUUCACGAAGUACAAUACAAAAAACAAGAAUAAAUAUCAUCUCUGGUACUAUAUUAUCUGCAAUCUAUAUGUCACCAAUGUUAAUUAUUUAUAAAUGGAAUGAAAUUCAUAAUAAAUGUUUACAACAAACAAAUAUCUUAAUUAGUAUCUAUAUAUUUAGUCAAGUAUUUCUUUAUUAUGUUUUACUUCCUCUUUUAAUGAUGAUAUUUGGUUUUAUGACGAUAUCUAAUAUUCGUCGGCAAUCUAUUCGAGCACUUCCUAUGACUGGUUCUAUGCGACGACGUCGUACUGAAGGACAAUUAGCUCGAAUGUUAAUAUUACAAAUUGUUGUUCAUCUUAUUCUUGUACUUCCCUAUGGUAUUAUAUAUUGUAUGAAUUCAAUUGAAGCAUCUACACGAACACCAACUGUGCUUGCUAUACGAAUAGUUUUUCUCACAUGGCAACAAUGUGAUUAUUUUGUUUCAUUUUUUCUUUAUAUUUUUUCUGCAAGUGUCUAUCGUCGAGAACUUAUUCGAAUAUUAAAAGUUACUAAAACUCGACAAAGAUCAACACAAUCGUUUGCUAAAAAUCGAACAGAUAUUUAUCGAGAUAUGUCAUUAAUUACUACGACAACAUUGUCUGCAAAUGAGACAAUAAACAAUGCUUUUGUAUAA